UAUAGGAUGCCCUGGACGUCCGUACCAUAGAAAAAGAACGUGUGCAUAUAUCGCAUGUGAAUUCACAAAUUACAUGGCUGCUUUCUCCGGGCCGAAGUGAUCGAAUCUAGCCGCCUAAACUGUCAAUUUCCAGCCAGAUUACUGGCAUAUCUGCGAGUUCAUCGGUCUCUGUGGCUCUCUAAGAUUGAUGUGGAUACGGAAGGAGUGCAUAGAAUAUUGUCUUUGGAUGAGUAUUUGAGGGAAAUUUUCCCCGUUUGAUGGUUUUUGCAGUGAACGGCGCCGACAACAGCUCACGGUGAAUCUGACCGCACACACACGGCAUUCGUUCGGCCCAAAUGGCACAGAGGUAUCAUGAGGAUGGUUUACCCCAUUACGGCGGUCUAGAAUCAUCAACUACAUCCAUGUACGAGGCCCACGCCCCCCGCUCGGCGGUCCACUACUCCCAGGCCUAUGGCCAGCCCAGCAUACCUCAGCUGAACCACGCCCCGGCCGUGGGCCACCCACAGUUCUACCCAAGCCACACCCCCAACGUCAUGACGCCGGUCUCCACGGGGGUGACAGACAUUCACAAAAGGGACAAAGAUGCCAUAUAUGGCCAUCCCUUAUUUCCGCUUCUUGCACUCAUCUUUGAGAAGUGUGAGCUUGCGACCUGCACACCGCGUGAGCCGGGGGUGGCAGGCGGCGAUGUAUGUUCCUCAGAGUCCUUCAAUGAAGAUAUAGCUGUAUUUGCUAAACAGGCAAGGACUGACAAGCAGUACUUCUCCAGUAAUGAAGAACUUGAUAGUUUGAUGAUUCAGUCGAUCCAGGUACUGCGGUUUCACUUAUUAGAAUUGGAAAAGGUACAUGAGCUGUGCGAUAACUUCUGCCAUCGGUACAUCAACUGUCUCAAAGGGAAGAUGCCCAUUGAUUUGGUGAUUGAGGACCGGGAAGGCGGAAUGAACGGAGGCAAGACGGGGCUAGGAGAGAACCACACAGAUUCUAGAAGUGAAACGGGUUCAGUGGGCCCGCCCACCCAGGGGUCAAUGACCCCAUCGAUGCAGCAGCCCAGCAGCAACUACAGCCAGCACUCGGGCAGCUUACCCCUGGGCGGCCACGGCCAGCAACCGCCCGAUGACACUCACUCCAACGCAGGGUCUGAUACACCGCUGACAAACAUGGUGGCGCAGAUGCACUCUGGAGACAACAACAGCGAGACAGAUGGUGGGCUGGACAAUAGUCUGGGUUCCGGAGAGGGUACCGGGGAAGACGAUGACGAUGAGAGAGCGGCCAAACGCCAGAAGAAACGAGGCAUCUUCCCCAAGUCAGCCACCAACAUCAUGAGGGCAUGGCUGUUCCAGCAUCUCACUCACCCCUACCCAUCAGAAGAACAGAAGAAGCAACUCGCUCAAGACACGGGCCUGACAAUCUUACAAGUUAACAAUUGGUUCAUUAAUGCGCGACGUAGGAUAGUCCAGCCAAUGAUUGACCAGUCCAAUCGCGCAGGGGGUCAAGGCAUGCUCGGCAACGACAUGAUUGGCCAAUCAGGAGCCAUCUCGGGCAUGGGCAUGCCCCCUGCCUCCGGUGGCUCCUCCUCCUAUUCACACUCCACCCAGCUCCACCCCUCCAUGCACUCCCAGGCCAUGAUGCUAGCCGGCCACCCGCACUCCAUGAUGAUGUCCCAUCAUGCAUCGGGGCACGGGGGAUCGCACGGCACGGUCGGCCAGUCCUCGCCUAGUCUCCUUAACCACAACGACUCCGUCACAGCGUAAAAACAAAAAUUUAAAAAGUUUUUAAAUGCACAAAAAACAGUAGGUGAAAUUGGGCUUGGAUUUCACACAUUCACCGACCAUAUACCAUGGGUCUCGGAACAAAUUUUGUACAGUAUGUGCAUUCUUAGUGCAUGUUUCUAAAUGUGACAAAUUUCACUCUCUGGAAAAAAAAUCACAACAGUUGCCACCGACAAGUUAUAUUGUCAAAUGUAUCACUUUUGAAUCUAUUGUAAUUGUUUUUGAACUUCUUUGUGGUAUCUCACGGUACUUUGCACCUUUGAACUAAGUCAAUUGUUUCACAGCCCACCUGCGUGCACAGUUUUGAAUCUCAAGAAAAAAAUGAUAAAUUCUUGGAAGAUAUUUACACAUCUGCAACAUUUUACCCUCUAGUGUUCUUGCCAUGCAAAAAUACUGCGAAAAUUCUGCGGAAAAAAUGGCUUUGUUCAGACUAAGUGUUUGGAUAGUGACUGCAGUAUGCCAGAGGCAAAACCGAAGCCUUAUAGGUAGGUAGAUCAUUUUGUGCAUUUGCUUCGUUUGAAGCAACAAAAGUGCUCAAAAUCUAAAGACGGGUGCUUAACAACUAGCUUGAUGAAGUUUGAGCUCUGUGAAUGCUGUAUAUUCUGAGAAAACGAUAUUGUAGGAUCUCAGUUUCAAUUUGAAAGUUGCCGAGUCUUGUUUUGAAUUGCGCCCGAAAUCAGCGUCCGGGACAUGUUCUCAUUUAGCCGAUUACAGCUACGGGAUGUCGCGCACUGGAAUAAUAGCAACCGUGUGCGUCGUGUCAACGCUUGCACGCACCCAUUCACGGCUUCGCCGAAUUUACAAACCGA